CCGUCUUCCCCAUCGCUCCUGCUGCUCGGCAUCCGUCGCUUUCGCUGUCUCCGUACGAGCCCCCCCCCUCUCCCGGCCCUCUGAUCUCCCUAAAUCUUAACGGCUGACCCGUCCGCUCCCAGCCUAGGCCACCAUGUCUCUGGGCUCAGUCGACAGCGGCUUCUUCCUACGCCAGUGUCCUCAUCGCAUCCCGAAUGUGGCCGGAACCCAGGACCCGGGCGAAAUCGAAGAUGGCGACUGCUUUUGUGACUGCUGCCACACCAUCCAGAACCUGCAUUUUCUGCUCAAGCAAAAGGACGACGAGCUCAAAACUGCUGCAGAAUACGGUCUUGAUCUCUUGAGCAAAUACCAGACGCUGGAGAGCCAGAGUCAGUUCCUUGCCAAUGAGAACAAAGAAGUGAGGCUCAAAUACGAAGUCCUCAAAUCGUCGCAUCUCGACGCUGAAACCCGGAUCUCGGAAUUUCAGCGCACCAACCUGGAGCUCCUGCGCCAAAACGAGACCACAUCCAAGAAACUAUCAGAGGCAGCGUCCCUUGUGUCCCUCCUGGAAGAGAAAAAUAGUAUUCUCGCUCAGACCGUUAGCGAGAAGGAUGUUGAGGUGUCCAAGCUCAAGAAAAACCUGGGCUAUCUGCCGCUGCUGGAAAGCACCAAGCAUGAUCUGCAGGGCCGGCUCGACUCGCUGUUCUAUCAAAUCACCGAAGGCCGUGUCCGCGAAGCCAGCUAUCGCCGCAAGAUCAGCCGUAUGGCUGCGCGCUGCAACGAGCUCGAGAUCCUGCUCGAACAGUCCAAAGACGAAGGCUCGGCCCUGAAGGAGGCCAACGAGCAGAUACAGCGCGUUCGCGUGAACAGAAACCCGUAUAGUCCUGGCCCGUCGCCAACUGUGUCCGAGGCACAAAGCGACCAAGACAACCAGGCCCUGUUUUCCCUCGUCAAGGAGCUCACCCUGAUGAACAACAAGCUCAAGACCGAGCUGGCCGAAUCUAAGGAGCUCUUGGACAUGUCCAGAAACGAGAUCACCGCGCUUCGCAGCAGCAUGGAAAUUGUCAAGAGUCCUGUUGCCACAUCGGGUCCUAUCAGUGCUACGCCACGAGGCAGAUCGGUGUUUGGCGAACUCGAGUCGUAUGUUCUCUCAACGAGUCUCCAGAAGCUGGCGCGCGAGAGUCGCAUGCUGCAACGAUCCAAGAGCGAUGGUGGCACUGGCAAGCGAAGAAAGAACCGCGAUCGCAAAGUGUCCGAUGAACUGUCCAUCGACACAUUCGACCAAAUGUCCAUAUCCUCGGAUGCCAUCGACGACACCAGCCACAGCGACGAGUGGGACAUCAGCAGCGCCUCUGAUCACGACUUUUCCACCACCCGGCGACCCAGUCCCUUGCGUGGGUCUCCGGUGAUCGCCGGGACGCAGAGCAUGCGCUCCUCUUCGCAGCUCAACCCUAGGACGAGAUCCGAGCGCACUAAAUCACAGCCAUCGGCGAUCAGCAACCGCCUACCCUCGUCGGUGUACAUCUACCUUCGCACGCUCCAGUCCACGGCACACCACAUCCACGGCCGGUUCCGGCAUGCCGAUACGGUCUCGCUGAACCGCCGGCUCAAGCGACAGUUCGAUUUGAACGAGCUCUCGCGCCUCUCCAACAACGUGCUGGAGAACAUCAUGACUGAGGUAGAGAAUCUGUCGAGCCGCUUUCCGGUUCCCACAGCCAAGUCUUCCUCUGAAACUCUGAAGCCUCCCACGGACGGCGGCUCUCCUGCAAAGUCGAAGCUGGCCAACGCCAGCAUCGCUUCCGAAGCAGGCACCGAAGGCAAGGACGAAGUCAGCGCUGUCGUAGCGCCACUCGUGGAGCUGAUCCAGGCUCUCCUGAUGGACAUUGGCUACCUCCGCAUCAGCCUCAACCAUUACGCCCUGGUCUACUUUGAAAAGGUCGUCGAAAAGUCAGCCGAGACCACGACCGAGAAACAGCCUGAGCAGCCCAGCCAGCACUCGUCGUCAUCGGACUUGUUCUCCAAGUGGAUCUACCGGAGCUGGGGCAAGGCCAGCCACGACGACGCUGGCGGCAAACUGGCCCGCCAGAACUCGGCCGAGCCCGACGCCAAAUCGCCUCUCGCACGAACCAAAUCCGCAAAGAAGCUCGAAGGCGUCUCUCCCGUCGCCGCAGCGCUAUUUGCCAAGAGCCCCGUCUACAGCCAUUCAGAGCCGUCGCUCGUGGCGCCAAGUGCCUCACAUUCUGUGCCUCCCGCUGCCUCUUCCAGCGAUCCUGGAGCUCUUCCAACUCGACAGCCACACGCAUCCGUCUCAGCGACGGUGCUGGUUUCGGCCGAGCCGCCGGCUCGAUCGGUGGCACCGCCCGAGACGGUGCAAGCCGUCCUCGCGCGGGCACUUCCGACUCGAGCGCGAACGCCCCCUGUCUGGCAGCCCUCUGACUCGCCAUCGAUGAACCGAACGCCUUCCAAAGACACUGCCUGGAAGGACGGGGUGAUGUCGAUCACGGGCAAGUUGUGGCCGUCAAAGUAGCUGGCUUGGCGUGCUAUUGCGGCGACCGAGUCUUCAGUCCUGCAAGCACAGCGACCACACCGCACCCCUUGCCGCACUCACGGCAUGCACAAGAGGCUGCCCGACCGCUGUCGACCUUUGGCCCAACUUUCUUGCUCUGUUUUCUCUUGCUUCGUUGUGUUCGGUCUUGCUUUAUAUUUGUUAAUUCCAAAAGCUCUAACAGUUUGCCACUCAACAGCCACACCAACUGCUUACUGCGAUGUACCUUUUUGCACACACGU